UCGUCCAUCUCCUCUUGCUAUGAUUGGGUUCUUCUUCCUUGUGUCAUUCAUUGCAAAUCAUGCCAUUCGGGCUUUGGGGAGCCACAACUUCCAAGAAUGUCUUCAUUUGAAUUUUGCAAUCAGAGGUCAAAUUGACCGGACAGCUCAAUACGUGUCGACCUCUGUAGCUGUGGACUUGAAUCACCUCUCAGAUCGGUACAGUGACUCUUUGGUUCAGGAAUGGAGACGUCAAUGUCUGGUGGCCAUUGUGAUGAUGAAUCAAACUGAAACAGAAAUGAACCAAAUUUUGUUCUUUAUGCUCAGGGUUCGAGUUAAUUCGAAAUCCUUGAUAUUGCCAAGAAAUUCACAAGCCCAACUUAAACGGGCUAUUGAGAGCCUUCACCGUAGUUUCGAGAUUUUCUUGGCCGACACUGAUGGGACCCUAAUUCGAUUUCCCAUUCUGGGAAUGAAAGGAGCUCGAGGUCAAAACCUUCAUGUGGGGCAUUUGGUAGUUUGGCCCUAUUUAUUUAUUAAAGAAGAUGGCCAAUUGGCAGGGACAGAUGUGGAGUUGACCAAUAUAAUAAGUGAGCAUUUUGUUUUCUCCUACAAAAUCACGCGAUUUUCUCGAAUCCUCCGGAAGACCCUAGAAAAUGGAACAGAAAUCGGAAUCUUUCCAAAUAUGGACAGGUUCGUUUACGAUUUUGGAAUCGGACAAUUGACCAUUACCCUGGAUCGAUCGGAGAACGUUGAUUUUGGAAUCAAUGCAUAUAACCGUGAAAUUGGAUUUGCCGGAUCUGUGCCUAAACGGUUGAACGUGUUUAACACAAUCAUCCUUCCAUUUGAUGCCUAUACCUGGUUUGCCCUUCUGCUGAGUGCCAUAUCCAUUUUUUCAUUACUUUUAACCUUUGAGCGGAUCACCGGAUGGUGUAAACAUUCUGAUCCGACCUUUAAGGCCCUAUCCCUGACCAUAGGUCCACUCCUCAACGAAUCUCAACCCUCUCGAAUGUUGGAUCAAUCCCGAUAUAAAUCUAAAUUGUUCGUCAUCGGUCUUUGGCUCUUUCUGGGCUAUUUCAUGUCAAUGGCUUAUGAGUCGAAUCUAUUGGCAACCCUGACUUUUGUCACCUACGAGCGACCGAUUGACACUCCGGAAGAGGUGAUCAAGUCCGAUCUUACUGUCUAUGCUUUAUCGAGAACGGCCUUGGCCGAAAGUUUGAAGUUCUCGCCCAACCCGAUUUAUCGAAGUAUCUUCAAGAAUCAGGUGGUGGCCAAAAAUGGCCUCAGGUUCUUCGGACAACCCAUAGAAGCAAGGAAUAAGGCUGUUGAAGAAGGCCGCGGAUUCCUUGUCUCCACCAAAAUAGAUGCCCAAUCCAAUCCCAAAUUUCGCUUUUUCUCUGAGGCCUACUUUAUUGGGAGUUCCUCCUGGUUUUAUACUCGAGGAAGCCAAGUCAAGGACGACAUCAAUUUGGCCUUUCAACGCUUGAUUGAAGGUGGUAUACUCCAGCAUUUGGAGCGGUCCUUUGUUGCGGAGAGGCGAUUUUCCAAUGAGAUGUUACAAACAGAUAAGGAGGAGAGUGGAUAUGAACCCAUUACCUUGGAUCAUUAUUUGCCUGUAGUUUUGGUUGGAGGUAGCGGGAUGAUUUUGGGUGUGAUCUGUUUCAUUUUGGAACUUUUCUUUUGGAAUUUUGGCCAUCACGUUACUAAAUGUUGUUUACCCAUGUUUUAGAUGCUUGACGAGAAGUUACUUGAUUUCUUUAUGACUAGGCAACAAAUACAAUACAUGGAAUGAA